AUGGCGCGCCCUUCUUUGGAUAUUCGGAGGAAAACAAUGGACCGCAAUGUGGACCUGGUGUCUGCUCAGCGGACCUUGGGCCAUCGCCGCACUCAGAGUCAACGAGACGGGUUUCACCCUCCUUUCCACUUCACCACCGCCUUCUACGUUCAACAACACCAACCACAACAACGAUCAUCGUGCUCCACGGAGAAAUCACGCACGAUGAAGACUCCCAGAUCAUCGACGACAGAUUCGAGUAUGAGCUCACGGUCCCCGCCCGCUCGACCGCAUUUCAUAAAACGCAUAUUUCAUCGAAGCUCUGGCAACGAAGCCGGCUUCGCUGCCAAACCUGUUGAGGCCGAGAUGUCAAGCUCACUCGACCUUCAGAGGCCCUUUGCCAGCCAUCAGAGAAAAUCCUCCGUCUUGUUGGAUCCUUCACCCCACACACGUCCAUUGCUGAGCAAGCCGCGGGCAAGAGAGGAAGCAGCCGGAUUUACCUCCGCUAAGAUCAAAUCCCCAACUCCUCAAGUGUCCCCUCAGACUUCCUCAUUUCCAUUCGCUGCUCGGUCAACCCCUCCCUCAACCAAAGAGACUACCGAAGAGGUCGUUGCUUCUUGUGGACAGUCAACAACGACUGCAAACACUCUUGUUCCUCCUUCCGCUCCCCAAUCCCCCGAGCUACAACGCGAGUUUAAUACCCUGUCGAUCGAAGCUUCAAAACGUCGAGGCGAGAUCGCGAUGGCUGCUGCCGCGUCUUAUGAAUAUGUUGAGCCGUGGAAGGACUACCUUCAUUUUUAUGCUGCGGGAGCCUACAACCUCUCAAACCCGCCGUCGCCUCCUCGCAAGCACAAGAGUUUCCCUUACCUCCCUGCACCCAUUCCGCCUACUGAAGCCGAGCGUUGGGAGCAAGUGAAAGGUCUUCAUCUGAGAGAGUUCAAAGAGGACAUCAUGGAACCGCUUAGCAGUGUCGUCAGAUGGACCAUGAAGAAGCUAGGCACACAAAACGCGGUCAUCAGCCUCUUUAAUAAGAAGUACGAGGUGAUCAAAUAUCAAGACGGCUAUGUCUUCCCCAAGAAUAUUCUUCGCGAAGAAAGUUUGGCCGCACAUGUUAUGGUGAGCGAUCAGCUUGUGGUCAUACAGGACACAAACAAGGAUUGGCGUUUCCGAGGUCAUCCGCUUGUUGUUGGUGAACCUUUUAUCCGAUACUUUGUUGGAGCUCCAAUCAUCUCGUCUUCGGACGUCAUUAUUGGAGUUCUCUAUAUGUUCAGCGAGCACGCCCGUUCCGAUUUGCCUCGCUCCUUCCGUCAGAAUUUUACUGAAUGUGUUGAGUGCAUUGGGAGGGAACUAGAGCAUUGGCUGCAAGACCUCCCAGACAUUGAACAGGGCAUGAACGAAGACGGUCCCCCAUCGCUCCAACGACUACUGGCGCCGCUGCCAGCUCCUCCCGCAGAAGCCCCGAAACUUGCCGGCGAGGUUUGGUCCCUUGAGGAAAUGCUCAAGAUGACUCCGGAGGAACUUGGGGCUGAAGCUAGCACGACCGAUGCAGCCGGGUAUGGGGACCUCGAUUCUAUUAUUUCCCUUAGCAUGCAAGACGAGAACCUCCAUGAAGACAACAAUGAUGGAGUCGAUGAGGAAGUUGCUGGUAAUGAAGACGUGGACAUACCAGCUCGCCCGCCCACCUCCAGCUCGAUUUAUUCGGUUCCUGGACUUCACCCGCUGGAGAUCAAAGCUCAAAGACCGUCGGCCGCGCGAUCGGAAACAGAAAGGACCUCAGGCUACAAUUCUUUUGCAGGUGCAGACCCUGCCGAGCAGCCAAUUAGCAGUGAUCUGAUCCACAUGCCACGUCCCGUCAGCCCCAUUUACGAAAAGAGCGACGAACCGAUUUUGUAUCCGGCAUACAAUGCGCAGCCCAGGCUUGAAGAAGAGCCGGGAGCGUACCCGGAAAUUCCCAUCCUUGAAGGGACACUCAUGGCCGGUGCUGUUGAUGAGGCCAAUUUUGCUCUCAACCUGAUUGCAAAUAGACUGGGGUUUGACUGUAUUUAUUUCGCUCACGUUACCGCCUCGGAGGACCCCGAGCGCCCCAUCCCCGUCCAUGUGCGAGCAAAUGUAAUCGCAAGUUAUCGCAUGAGCAAGCCGUUUCCUAUCUUAAACGGCAUGGCUCACUUGAGAGCUUUACGUGAUCAAGUUGGGUCUGUUCAUAUUCUUGACGAACAUGAAAUCAACCGCGAAGCGAUGCCAUGGCGAGUCGGAAUUAUGGUUCCAAUCCUCUGGGAUGAUAGACACAUUGGGAUGACCAAUGAGGAGAUGGGAAGCGUACUCAGUGCUGGGGAGAUUCCAGGACUCCAAAGCUCGGUUGACAGUGUUCAGGCGCGUGCAUUGAAAGGCAUCGUGCUCGUUGGGCUCCGAUAUCAAUUUCCUCCCCAUCGCCAGUUCAAAUGGUCUUCGGUGGUGAACCUCUCUCUUGCUGGCCAACGCUUCUCCGAUCUAUUCUUCCGGCAGGCCUAUCCCGACUAUAGGGUUUCGCAUCAGGAGAUGUGGAAUAUUGCCUCCGAUGGGACGGAUUGCGACAUGGAGGAUGGCAGACCGGACUUUGCGCUGAUCUCUGGGACAAUGGGCAAAGCCAAUACUACCCACAGCAAAGUCCACGACAAUUGGCGUGCUCAGGAGCUCUUGUCCGCGAAUGGCUCUGACCCCGAAAAUCUCGACAACAUCAUUGCAGAAUUAGAGCGUCAAUGGUACGUUUCGGAUGAAGGUCUCCAACAUUAG